AUGAAAGAUCCGGGUGUUUGUGGAUGUCUUGCAGCAAUUUUCAUGUCAUUUGGAGCACUUUUCUUGAAUGUCAUCUAUUUCCCAAAGAUUGCAAAUGAUAUUGAGGGAAUCAAAAUCAAUUUACAAGUACAUAAUGACGAGUUUGAAAUGAUCGAGAAUGAGGUGAGGCUUGGAUUGAAGAGUUUCGAUGCGUUUCGUGCGCCAAGAAUUGCGAAGAGGCAAGCGUAUGUAUAUGGAAUUUGUUCUUGCGCCUAUGAGAAUCCCUGCCCGGCUGGUCCGCGCGGUCGAUCUGGUGACCAGGGAAUGGAUGGAGUACCGGGAAUGCCCGGGAUGAACGGAGAAAUCGGACGACCAGGCAUUACACCACAUUUCGAGAGAAAAUAUUACGCUCGUGGCUGCCGCGAGUGUCCGAAAGGACCGAUGGGACCACCUGGAUAUCCGGGAGAUAUCGGAGAGAUGGGAAUGAUUGGAGAAAUGGGAAAACCGGGAAUGAAAGGACGAAAUGGAGGAUUGGGAAUACAAGGAAAUAUGGGAGAAACGGGAGAGGAUGGGGUACAAGGGAAAGAUGGAGAGAGCGGAAUCCCGGGAAGGGAUGGAGUCAAAGGGGAAAAGGGACUUGCUGGCGAGCCGGGAAUACGUGGAGAACCCGGGCAGCCCGGGCAAAACGGUUAUCCGGGUGAUGAUGGGAAAUUGGGUGAACCGGGAAUGAUUGGGAUGAGCGGAGAGAUGGGGAUGAGUGGACAACCUGGAUUUGAUGGAUAUCCUGGAUUGCCUGGGCUGGAUGGUAUCCCAGGCGAGGAUGCGAAUUAUUGUCAUUGCCCCCGUCGAUCAACAAAAGCUAAAUCUGUUCGUCGUUGG